AUGGUGCAGAUGGAUACGAAGACAGCCAUAUCAUCCUGGUACAAGGGGGGGAAGCAGGAUGACGGAUGUGUUGCGGAAGAAGCUUUUGGGGCUGUCCAGAAAUACUUCCAGCAGAGUGGUAUCUUGACAAGCGAAGAGAAGACUCUAGUUACAGGGAGUCAUUCCAUGGAAGAUGUUCAACGCUUAGUGACCGCAACGCUCGAAAAAUAUGAAGCAACGAAGGCACUGAGCAGAACCAGGGGGUGGCUUGAAAGGACGUCCGAGAUCAUCUGUCAUUACGGAACCGUCCUCGACGUCUUUGUUCAACAUCAUCCAGAAAAAGAGCUAAUACGGCGGAGGAAGAGCGUGGUGAACCAUGCGGAGACUCUGAACAUCGUGGCCAAGUCCACCUGGCAGGUUGGCAUGCGGCUUUCGCGAGUCAAAAUUGUUUCCACAAUAUACCCAACGGCGAGCAUGCGAGUGGCUGUUGAGACUCUGUAUUCUUGCAUCUUGGAGUUUCUGCUGAUAGCCCACUCGUGGUGUCAAGAGUCUAAGCUUCGCCAUUUCAUCCACAGCUUCACGCGGCCGCACAAACUUCAAUACGAUGAUUUGCUACAGAGAAUCAGUGUUGCUUCUGACAACAUUACUGAGCUGGCGACUGUAGGCUCGCAAGCUGAGCUCCGUGUUAUGCACACAGCUCAUUCUUCCAAGCUGGAAGGCAUUCUAUCCGCCCUGGAGGAUGCUGAAAAGUCUAAUCAACAACAAGUUGACGGUCUAACACAACUUGUCUCUGGAUUGAGGGUCUCGAAUGAGAGGCACGAAAAGAAACUUGACCUCAUAGUGUCACUCUUGGAAGCCUCGGGUCUGACAAUGAAUGGUUUCAUCACCAAGGUAGAAAGUAGGCGGUCCUUGGCUCCUCAUGGCGAUUCUGGGUGCUGA